UUUUACUUUUUGUUUCUCUUCGGAUUGGAUGAGACUUAAGUUCUACUUUUUUUUUUAUAAAAUCUUUUAAUUGUCACAAUUUUUCAUAUUCUUUUUUAUACUCAAGUGUUAACUGGGAGUUUGAACAAUUAGUUAAUUGUAGAAAACAUUGGUUGUCAUCUUUUGUUUGGGUUAACCUAAGAAAUUGUUCUUCUUACUCCUUAACCCAAAAGUCUGUUCUGAGUCAUGUUUACCUUGCCAUCUUUUUUUUUACAAUUUAUUUUUCCAUUACAAUAAUAAAUGGAAUUGUUAUAAUUGAUGAUUAAUCGGCUCAAUUAACGGUGACAGUUAAUUACAUUGUGAUUUAAUUCUCCAUUGUGGUAAACUUAGUGUUCCCGUUUUGGUUCCAUUGAUCUGUGUCAAUUCGCCUUCUUCUUAUUUUGGUCUAUUCACCUUACGUUUCUGGUUAUUCUUUUCUCUCUCUUUUUCUCUUUCUCUCUCUGUGGUUCCUGUGUAAGGAAUAAAUUUUUUUCUUUCCUUCAUCUUCAUCUUUUUAUCCCGUUGGAUAUUAAAUCCUUGUAUCUUUUGUGGUUAUCUAUUCAUGUUAUUAUUGGACCAUGUCAACUGUAUCUGAAAGAAGUUGGAAUUCAAGUGAUGACUAUGAGGAUGACAAUUCAAUUAAUCGCUCCUCAGUUUCCCGAAGAAUAAGCUUAGAUCUUGAUUUACCUGGCGGUGUGAUAACAACUCACUGUGUGUCAACAGUUAUCCGCCCUGGAAGUAAACAAACUCAUGAUCCCCUACAAUUUGUUAAAAUUCAAUCAACAGAAUUAAGUAAAAAGGCUGUUGAACAAAUCCGUUUAGCUGAGGAGGUUAAGAUUACCAAGGAAAAGAUUAAAGAAGUUGAAGAAGAAUGGCAAAAUAAUCUUCUCAAUUGGAAAUCUAAAAGAAGACAAUCAAGGUUAACCGGAGGUGAAGAAUCUGAUUCAGGUGAUAAUCAACAGCGAAAAGUUAAAACCUUCUCAGAGAUUCUCAAUGAGAAAGCAAAAUCUGGUCACAGGAUAGGUUAUAAUUUACAUAAAUAUAUUGGUAUUCAAGAUGAAGAAGAGGAAGAAAGUUUAGUUUUAGCCAACAACAAUACUAAUAACAAUAACCAUAAACAGGGAACAGGAUCUUCAAGGGUUUCCAAUGCAAAUAAUAACUUAGGCGAUUAUCAUGAAGAUGAUGAAUCUAAUCAAUUGAAAAGUUAUGAGCACCAACAAGCAGAAUUACAAAAAAAGAGACAAGAAUUAAACAAUAAACUUCAAGAAUUAGAACAACUUGAGAAGAAACAAAAUGAACUGGAAAGACAGGAAAGGGUUUCAACUAGUGAGGUUAUAUCAUCAUCAUCAUCAUCCUCAUCAUCACCAUCACCAACAACCAUGGCCACAACAAAAACAACCUCAUCCUCAUCCUCAUCAUCAUCAGCCACCUUAAUCUCACCUACCGUGAUCGUGUCAAUCAAAAAUGAGGAAAGCUCAAUCAAUCCUUCCGCAGGAAAGGUUAAUUCAAGAAAUAGUGAUGAGAUUAAACAAAAACAAAAUGAUAAUUUCCGUGAGAAGAAAGUGUUCAAUCGAAACUCAUCAACGGAUUUAUCAAGACGAGACCAAUCUAGUGGUGAAUCACAACCUAAAACCGUUACCAUAAAUGAAAAUAAUCGUCAGAAAAGUGUAUGGAAUUAUCUACUUCAACAACAGGAUGAUCCACGAGUUGUCAAUCAUUCACAUCUAUCUAAUCAAAACAUUGAUCCCAAUCAACAUCAUCCUAGCAACAGGUCUAAUGGUAGAUUUAAUCAGCUCGAUUCUGAAAGUGAAGAUGAUGAUCACCUUAACGAUAGCAUUUAUGCUGAUGAAGAUGCUGAAAAAGAGCAGAUGCUCUCCUUCCGAGCCAAGUUAUCUACUUUCGAAAGUUUAUCAAAAUGUAAACCAGCACCAACUCAACAACAACAACAACAAAAUAACCAUAAUAAUCACAAUCAACACCACCAACAACAGCAGCAACAACAACAAACCAUAACCUCUAAACCUAUAAGAAAAUCUGAAAAAGUGAAAAAAACUGCCGACCAAUUAACAUCACGACUUUUCCCAUCAGCAGCUUCAUCCCUAUCAUCAUCAUUAUCUUUAUCUUCGUCCUCCUCUUCAUCAUCAUCUGUGACAUUAGCUAAUAACAAUAACCCCUCACCAUCUUCAUCAUUAUCUUCAUCUUCAACAGCAACUCCAAGAACAACAACAACAACAACAGGAAUACCAUCAACAACCGUUAUCAUGACCAAUCAGAAUAAUAAUAAAGAAUAUGAAAACUCUGUUCUAAUGAAAAAUAAUCGGCCUCCCACGGCUGAAGAUCUCGCUUAUAAAGAGGAAAUGAAAGUGUUCCAACAAAGGUUACAAAAUCAGAAUUUAGCUGACCAACAAAAGCACCUUCUUUAUGCUUCACAAUCACCAUUACAAGCCAAUUCAUUUAACACACAACAACAACAACAACACCAACAUGCAACACUACAACAUCACCACUCACAUCCUCAACUUCAUACCUUUCAACAGCCAUUACAACAAACACAACCGCUUCCACGGCAACUACAACAAUCAGCUACACAGCUACAUCAUCACCAAUUUCAACAACAAUCAAGCCACCAAAAGCAACCCAACUUAAUAAUGUUAUCUUCUUCUCAACAAACUCAACCCCAACAAUCUUCACCUUAUAAUAUCAAUCAUUGGGUAAUUCAAGAGGCUGAACUACGUCGUCUUCAUUAUACUCAACAACCCCAACCCCAACUCCAACCUCAACCUCAACCUCAACCUCAACAAACUUCACCUUAUAAUAUUAAUCAUUGGGUAGUUCAAGAGGCUGAACUACGUCGCCUUCAUCAUGCUCAACAACAACAACAAUCAACAGGACCUGCAUUGAUGGCUCGAUCGACAUCAAUUAACAGGUUUCCCCAAUCAAGUCAAAUUAAUCCCAACAUUAGUACCAAUAGUAACACUUAUGAGAAUCAUGUCUAUGAGAACAGUCCAUUUCGUGGUUCGCAUGCCUCCGGGCUAAAUAGAAUUCAGAAUGUUGCAGGAGCUGAUACAACAAGUUUAAUGAAAAAAAGUAACGGACUUCAAGGGAUCCAACCUCAACCUCCUCCAAUGCAACCUCUAGCCCAAGUCCAAGUCCAACAACAACUACCACUUUCCCAACCACAGCAAUUACAUCAAUUACAAUCCCAAGGACCUUUACAAUUAGCCCAACCGUUACAAUCUCAACAAUUAUUACAGUCGCAGCAGCAACUUUUACAAGCUCAACAACAAAAGCAAAUGCUUUCAGUUAGCGGUAAAAAAAAGUGCUCAAACUGCGGUGAUGAGUUAGGUCGUGGGUGCGCUGCAAUGGUCAUUGAGACAUUAGCCCUUUAUUAUCACAUCAAUUGUUUCCGAUGCUCAGUAUGUCACAUUCAACUUGGUAACGGUACAUGUGGAACUGAUGUUCGAGUUCGUAAUCAUAAACUUCACUGCCACAAUUGUUAUUCCAAUGAUGAAGCUGGACUUAAAUUUAGUCGUGUUUAAGACUAAUCAUUGAAGACUCACAAUUUAAAUGACAAUUUGGGAUCGCAAAACGAAAGUGUUGCAAUUAAAUUAACGUAUUUUUCUGACCAACGGCCAACAAUUAAUUCUAGACAGAGCUGAUCAUCUCAACAAUUAAUUAUCGUUUAUGUAAAUGCAAACCAAAAUUAUUGAAACUGUUAACAACAACAACAACAACAAUUUAUUCAAUAAGCAAUAGGAAAAAGCUGAUAACUUGAAUAACAAUUAUGAUAACAAUUAUAGUAACAAUUAAGGACACAAUUGCAACUCAAUACUUGAAGAUGAUGAAAAACAAUUAAUUGUUAUCUAUUUAAUUUUGUGUUCCUCAAUUACUUUUAUCAUGAUAAUCAACCAGUAUUUACAUUUUAUAUUUAAAACAAUCAACAAUUGCAGUUAUAUAAAUAUUAUUAUAUAUUUAUUUGUAUCUUUUUUUU